AUGCUCUUCGAGACUUACUUUAUCGCCGCGGCGCGUGGCAGCAGGACUAUGCGACGCUGGCGGGACGAGUUCGAGCGGAUUUGCUCGAAGAGCGGGAGUGACUACGAAGACUAUUUACUGAGGCUCCACCUCAAUGGUAUCGAAGCUUUGAAUGGCCAAUUCAAUACAUGUGAUUGGGCAGGUAGAAGCAGGGCGCAUGCAGCUGUGUACUGGGCGUAUGAGAAAGCGCUUAGCUUUGUGAACUCAUUCGCACCUGUUUCUCACUUUUACGUGCACUUAUGCGGAGAAUCUUUCUGGAUGGGGUAUUUGAGACCACACGUGGCUCUGAACAGCGUCCUCGGGACGAAUGGAACUGCACCGACGCUUCAAUGGGAAACGCACGGCGUUUGUGUUCAGGAUUCUAGUGAGACUUUGAGCAAGGUGUCCGCGAUCAGCGGUUGGGCAAGGGAGCGGGUGUCGUCAUUUCUCAUGACCAAGGCAAGCAAGGAUUACGACCUCACGGCCACUCGUGGCAUCAAGUUGCGUAGUGGGGACAGGAAGGCGGUUGAGGAGCUGGGGUCUUGCGAGGAGGGGAGCGCGAUCUGCAGGAUCCAGAAGCUGGUGGGCGUCACGGUUUUCCCUUCGCGCCUGGGCGAUGGCGCCGCUCACGAGCUGUGA